AUGAGUGAUUUAGAUAGAGCCAUCGAGCAGCUACGACAAUGUCGCCCUAUUCCAGAACUCCAGGUCCGAGAGAUAUGUUUCAAAGCCCGAGAGAUUCUCAUCGAAGAAGCAAAUGUUCAGAUCGUCGAUGCCCCAGUUACUAUAUGCGGUGACAUACAUGGUCAAUUUCACGAUUUGAUGGAACUAUUCCGGGUUGGUGGUGAUUGUCCGGAUACGAAUUACUUGUUCAUGGGUGAUUUUGUGGAUAGAGGCUUCUACUCUCUUGAGUCCUUCCUUCUUCUACUCUGCCUGAAAGUCCGUUACCCAGAUCGGAUUACUCUCAUCAGGGGUAACCACGAAUCACGGCAAAUCACUACUGUGUAUGGGUUCUACGACGAAUGUAUAAGAAAGUACGGCUCGGCAAAUGUCUGGCGAUAUUGUUGCGAUGUCUUCGAUUAUUUGGCCCUUGGAGCUUUGGUGAUUGGUGCCGGUUCCUCUGUUCAGCCAACAAGAUUAGUGGACGGAGAAGACGCCGAAGCCAAGGUUAGAGAAGCAGAAGAUGAAGUUGAAAUCGAAGUUAUCGGGCUCGGUGGAGUGGUUACAAGGCAGAUGUCUCGAAGGGACGCUGGGAUGAUCAAUUCCACAAACCUUACACCAUCCGCACUCCCUCACCUGUCAAGUUCAGGUCCUGCUGGCGCCUUACUAACGGGUGUCCCGGGCACUGGAGCAAGUGGCAAUAGCAGGGGCAUUGCGAAUGCGAAUACCCCUGCGAACACUGGUGGUGCCGUGCUAUGUGUUCAUGGAGGACUCAGCCCCUUGAUCGAUUCCGUUGAUAAAAUCCGACUCCUGGACAGGAAACAAGAAGUUCCACACGAUGGUGCAAUGUGCGAUCUCCUAUGGAGUGACCCCGAAGAAAUCGACGGAUGGGGAUUAUCACCGCGAGGAGCCGGUUUUCUUUUUGGGGCGGAUAUUGUCAAGCAGUUCAACCAUCUCAACAAUCUCACUUUAAUAGCUCGAGCACAUCAACUCGUUAUGGAAGGCUUUAAAGAAAUGUUUGACUCUAGCAUAGUCACAGUCUGGUCGGCCCCAAACUAUUGCUACCGAUGUGGCAACGUUGCCGCUAUACUCGAGCUCGGAGAAGAUAACUCGAAUUCAGUCCUGAGAAGCGGAGGUGAAGAAGUUCUCUUCAACCGAGAGAACACAAGAAGAUUAGCUAGCACAUAUAUGGGGGGUUCCAUGAAGCGUGGAGGGCCUGGGAGACGAUAUAGAGUGUUUGAAGCGGCGGCUCAAGACUCGAGAGGCAUGCCAUCGAAGAAGCCGAUGCCAUACUAUUUCUUAUAA